ACCUUCUUGACCAUACCAACAGUCGAACAUCAUCCCUCUUCCUCAAGCUGAACCAUGGCGCCGACAGCGACUGGGUCUUCAUCUCAGGCCUCGUCGUCAAAGGCUUCGACGUCAAAGAUGGGCGCAGCCUCUCCCUCGUCCGCGCCGUCAGCGGCAGCUCCUCCAGUCCACCGCAACUUUGCCUCUCUCCACCUGUCUCCAGCACUCCUACGUGCCCUCUCCCAUCUGGCCCUCACUGUACCAACGCCCAUCCAGUCCCUCACCAUACCCACCAUCCUCUCUGGCUCGGAUCUCAUUGGUGGCUCUCCCACAGGAACUGGAAAGACGCUCUGCUUUGCCCUUCCCAUCCUCCAUUCCCUCGUGCAAGACCCAGUAGGGGGCCACUCCCUCAUCCUCACGCCCACACGAGAGCUGGCUCUACAGCUGUACGAGCAAUUUCUUGCACUGGCUCAAGGAGCCAGAAUGGGAAUCAAGAUCUCCCUUGUGCUAGGAGGAAUGGACAUGAUGAAACAGGCCACCGAGCUCGCACACGGCAGACCGCACAUCGUCGUUGCUACUCCCGGCAGGUUGUGGGACCUCUUGCGGAGUGGUGGUCAGCAGGAGUGGGGGCUCGACAGGUGCAAAUUCCUAGUGCUGGACGAGGCAGAUCGGCUCCUCACGCAAACCUUUGCUGAGGCAUUGAAUUACAUCAUGGGUGUCCUGCCCAGCUCCGAGAAGAGGCAGACACUCCUCUUCUCCGCCACUCUGACAAAGGAGAUUGAGGUUCUGGCCGAGAAGAGGUUAGCGGAGGCCAAGGAGGGCAAGGGCAGGGGAAUCAAGGUGGAGAAGAUUGAAUUUGACGCAAAGACGCCCAAGAAUUUGAGGCAGAGGUACAUCUUCGUGCCUACGCAUGUCCGGGAAGUCUACCUCUACCAUCUCCUCACGCAUCCUCCAAGUGAUCGGAGAUCGCAUAGAGUUGGUGGGAGCAAGAGGAAAGCAUUGAGCGGAGCAGUCGAAAGUCUGAUCGAAGGAGAGCAAGGCGACGAAGAGGACUUUGGUACCCAAGUGGGCGAAGAGGAGGACGAAGACGAGGAAGAGCGUGUGCCCCCCACGAUCAUCUUCGUCUCGCGCUGUCAAUCCGCCGAGCUCCUCACCCGUACCCUCCGCGAACUCUCCCUACCAGCCAUUUCUCUCCACUCCCACCUCUCACAACCCACACGCUUGGCCAAUUUGCAAAAGUUCCGGAGAGAUCCAGCAAGACAUAUCCUCGUCGCUACAGACGUAGCCUCGCGAGGUCUGGACAUUCCACAAGUGGAAAUGGUCAUCAACUUCGACUUGCCUUUAGCCUGGGAGGACUACCUACACCGUGUCGGCCGUACAGCCCGAGCGGGAAAAGUGGGUUGGGCUCUCAGCUUUGUCGGCGAGAGGGACGUGACUGUUCUUCAGGGAACCGAGGCCAAGAUUGGACUGCAGUUGAGGGAACUCGAAUUUCCUGAGGAGAGGGUACUCCGGAUGCUUGGAAGUGUAGGGAGCGCAAAGAGGGUGGCUAGUAUGGAGAUGGCGGAUGGUGGAUUUGGAGAAAAGGAGAGGAGGAACAAGGAGAAG